AUGGUCGAUCACAAGAAGAAGCCUUUAUUAGAUGCCUCAGGUGCAGACGUAGUGCCUGAAGAUUCUACUGCCACUGCCAUCCUCAGAAGAAAAAAGAAGGAUAACGCCCUUAUUGUCGACGAUGCUACAAAUGACGACAAUUCGAUCAUUUCUAUGUCUUCAAACACUAUGGAGAAAUUGCAGUUAUUCAGAGGUGAUGCUGUCCUUGUUAAGGGUAAAAAGAGAAAGGAUACCGUUUUGAUUGCCUUGGCCGAUGAUGAUAUGGAGGACGGUGUUUGCCGAAUCAACCGUGUCUCUCGUAACAACUUGCGUGUUCGUCUUGGUGAUAUCGCCACAAUUCAUCCCUGUCCCGAGAUCAAAUUUGCCACCAGAAUCUCUGUCUUGCCUAUUGCUGAUUCAAUUGAAGGUCUUACGGGCUCUUUAUUCGACAUGUACUUGAAACCAUAUUUCGUCGAUGCCUAUCGUCCUGUUCGUAAGAAUGAUCACUUCAUUGUUCGUGGUGGUAUGAGACAGGUUGAGUUUAAAGUGGUUGAAGUUGAACCCGAAGAUUAUGCUAUCGUUUCCCAGGAUACCAUCAUUCACUCUGAAGGUGAACCAAUCAAUCGUGAAGAUGAGGAAAAUAAUCUAAAUGAAGUCGGAUACGAUGAUAUUGGUGGCUGCAGAAAACAAAUGGCCCAGAUCCGUGAGCUAGUGGAGCUUCCCCUUCGUCAUCCUCAAUUGUUCAAAGUAAUCGGUAUCAAACCUCCAAAAGGUAUUUUGAUGUAUGGUCCUCCCGGUACAGGUAAGACCUUAAUGGCUCGUGCCGUGGCCAACGAAACUGGUGCCUUCUUCUUUCUAAUUAAUGGCCCAGAAAUUAUGUCCAAGAUGGCCGGUGAGUCUGAAUCUAACUUGCGUAAGGCCUUUGAGGAAGCUGAUAAGAAUGCCCCUGCUAUUAUUUUCAUCGAUGAAAUUGAUUCCAUCGCUCCUAAGCGUGAUAAGACUAAUGGUGAAGUGGAGAGACGUGUGGUUUCUCAAUUGUUGACUUUGAUGGAUGGUAUGAAGGCUCGUUCUAAUGUUGUGGUGAUUGCUGCUACCAACAGACCUAACUCUAUUGAUCCCGCUCUUCGUCGUUUCGGUCGUUUUGACCGUGAAGUCGAUAUCAGUAUCCCGGAUGCUACCGGACGUCUUGAAAUUUUGAGGAUUCACACUAAAAACAUGAAGUUGGCUGACGAUGUUGACUUGGAAACUAUUGCUCAGGAAACACACGGUUACGUCGGUGCUGAUCUUGCGUCUCUAUGUUCCGAAGCUGCCAUGCAGCAAAUCCGUGAGAAGAUGGACUUGAUAGAUCUUGAAGAAGAGAACAUUGAUACUGAGGUCUUAGACUCUUUGGCCGUCAAUAUGGAUGAUUUCAGAUUUGCCCUUUCCAACUCCAAUCCAUCUGCUUUGCGUGAAACUGUCGUCGAAAGCGUCAAUGUCACUUGGGAAGAUAUUGGUGGUCUUGAUGGUAUCAAGCAGGAGCUUCGUGAAACUGUUGAGUAUCCUGUUUUGCAUCCAGAUCAAUAUACCAAAUUUGGUCUUUCUCCCUCAAAAGGUGUUUUGUUCUUUGGUCCUCCUGGUACAGGUAAAACUUUACUUGCUAAAGCCGUGGCCACUGAAGUCAGUGCCAACUUUAUAUCUGUUAAAGGUCCAGAGUUGUUGAGUAUGUGGUACGGUGAGUCUGAGUCCAACAUUCGUGAUAUCUUUGACAAAGCUCGUGCUGCUGCCCCUACCGUUGUGUUCUUGGAUGAGUUGGACUCAAUUGCCAAGUCCAGAGGUGGUAAUAUGGGAGAUGCAGGUGGAGCCUCGGAUCGUGUGGUGAAUCAAUUAUUGACAGAAAUGGAUGGUAUGAACUCCAAGAAAAACGUGUUUAUCAUUGGUGCCACAAACAGACCUGAUCAGAUUGAUCCUGCCAUUCUCAGACCGGGCCGUUUAGACCAGCUUAUUUACGUUCCUUUGCCGGACGAAGCUGCUAGAAUGUCGAUCUUGCGAGCCCAGUUAAGGAAGACUCCGUUGGAGCCAGGCCUCGAUUUGAAUGCCAUUGCUAGAGUUAGUAAUGGUUUUUCGGGUGCCGAUUUAUCGUAUAUUGUGCAAAGAGCUGCAAAAUAUGCCAUCAAGGACUCUAUCGAAGCGCAGAAGCAGUAUGAGGACGAGCAAGAGGCCAAAGAUAAAGAAAAGGAAAAGUCUGAUAAUGGUGAUGAGAUGAAGGUUGAUGCCGAGGGUGACGAAGAUGUUGAGGAGGAUGAGCGUCCAGAUCCUGUUCCAUACAUUACUAGACAUCAUUUCGAAGAAGCCAUGAAAACAGCCAAGAGAUCUGUGUCUCCAGCCGAAUUAAGAAGAUAUGAGGCUUAUGCUCAACAAAUGCAGGCUGCAAGAGGACAGAUGUCUCAUUUCCACUUUGAUGGCGAUGCUUCAGAAGCUGCCGAUGGUGCCAAUGGGGCCGCUGGAACUGGUGAUGCAUCAGGUGCAGCUUUUGGAUCUGUUGAAGAUGAUGAAGAUGAUUUAUACAGCUGA